GACGAGGACGAUGAUGAUGGUAUUGAACCUGAGUUCUCGUCGCCUUACUUCACCCAGCCUACCCAGGUCGUCGGCCGAAAGACACUCGGUGGAAACAAGGUCAACGACUCCUCCCCACCAAGCAAGAUCGAGGUUCCCCGUUCUUCGCCUUUCAAGUCGUCUCCAGUCCAGCAGCAGAGAGCUCGCCCUUCUAUCUUGGGCAUGUUCCCCUCUGGUACUCUCUAUCGACCACCCCAGAACGCCUUCACCAAGACUGUCACAAAGAAGCCGGAUGGUACCACGAUCGAGAUCAGAUCGGACGGGAUCAGACUUCAUAGCAGUCCCAAGCACCGUGCUCGUUCAGACAGCUCGGCCAGUGACCAAUCCGACGGUGCCGACAUUAAACCUACCUCAUUCCAGCGAGAGGUACUCACGAGUCCGUCUAAGAACGACUCUCGCAUCACCAAGGCUGCUCAGCAGGCUGCCGAUUUUGAGAAGAACUACGAUGGUGAUAUGGCCGCUGCUGAGAAGACGUUGCUCGGCGGCGGAGGCCUCGAACGGCCGUCACCCUCCCCGAAGCGCUCCAGUGCAUCUCUCAGUGCAUCUCCUGUCCCUGGACCAAAGCGCAGACGCCUCGUCCGAGGACGUAACCCCGCCAACGCGACCAACUCCUCGCAGCCUUCAGCUGCCCCUCUCAUCAGUCUUGUUGAUUCCGAAUCCGAUAAUGACAAUGCAUCCAUCUCCAGCAUUAAAGAUGACGGAGAUAACUACCAGUCUGGAUCGGACGAGGAGUCUGAGGAGGACGAGGACCAUGGCCAACAGAAGGCACAGUCUACUAAGCAGCAGGAUAUCGAACAGCCUCGAGUCGGAAUGAAGCGUGCCGCCAAGAUCAUGCAGUACCUGGAAUCCUGCACUGUGGAUCAACUUGCCGCAGACGCAAAGAUCUCCAAGGACAACGCGAAGUUCUUCAUCUCCAAGCGCCCAUUCCACAGCAUCAACCAAGUCAGAACCGUCUACCACUUCAAGACAGUACGCAAGAGGAAGGAGAAGGUCGAACUUGGGGAGGAUGUGUUUCACGAGCUCAAUCAGCACAUCAAGCGUCUGAAUGCGAUCGACAGAGUCGUCGAGCAGUGCGAGACCCAAGGCACUAUCAUCAGAUCGAAGAUCGAAGGCUGGAAGAUGGACAGAUUCGGCAAACUCGAUGAUUCGGUCAAGAGCCCUACCGAACCCGGCGUGCUGCCAUUCCCCAAAGAGCCCAUGCUGGUCACCGGCAAGCUAUUCCCUCACCAGCUGUACGGGAUGAACUGGAUGUGGCAGCUGUAUUCCCGUGGCUUCGGAGGCAUUCUGGCAGAUGAUAUGGGCACAGGAAAGACUUUCCAGGUCAUAUCCUUCCUAGCGCUUCUUCACGAUGUGCACGAAUCCGGUCUCCUUCAGAACAAGCCUGGACCUAACCUGGUCGUCGUCCCCCCCACACUGGUCGAUAACUGGCAGCAGGAGUUUGCCAAGUUCGCCCCGGAGCUGUCUGUGAUUGUGUACUCCGGUCCUCCAGAAGAACGAGAUGAGCUAGCGAGAGACAUAUUAGAGUCGUCUGAGGACUGCCACGUCAUCCUCACCUCGUUCUCGCAGAUGAGCCGUACGAGGGAUGCGAUCUGGAUGGACAAGAUCGGCAUCAACGCAGCCUUUUUUGACGAGGGCCACCGACUGAAGAAUGCAAAAACCAAGACGUACUCGGACCUCAUUCGGAUCAGGGCAAACUGGAAGAUUCUAAUCACAGGCACCCCCAUUCAGAACAACAUCAUGGAGAUGAUGACCCUUCUGAAUUUCAUUUCGCCGCAGCUUUUCCACCGCGACCGCGAGUGUAUCGAGGAGCUGUUCAUGCAGAAGGCAUCCCUAAAGGAGGUCAGCGAGGGCGCUACACUCCUGAGCGACCGCAUCCAACGCGCUCGGAGCAUUUUGGAGCCAUUCAUUCUGGUACGCAAGAAGGACAAGGUGUCAGCACUCCCCCCCAAGACGCGCAGAGUUAUCUAUUGCGACAUGCCAGAUGUUCAGAAGAAAGUAUACGACGACCUUGUGAACGACUUCCGCCUAGCAAAGGAUCAGAAGAGCACGGCAGACAAGCGCAAGAACGAUGAGAACAACCCUUGGAUUCAGCUGCGAAAGGCUGCCACACAUCCUCAGCUAUUCAGGCGUUUCUUUAGUGAUAAGAAGUGCGAGAAGAUGGCGAAAAUUCUGAUGGAAAAGGCUCCUUCCAGGGUGGACCAACAAAACCUCUUGCACAUGGAGAACGAGCUGAAGUCGUACUCGGAUUUCGAGCUUCACCUGUGGUGCCGAGACUUCAAGUGCGUGCAAGACUUUGACUGUCCACAGGGCUCGUGGUACGAGAGCGGCAAGCUACGGAAACUUCUCGAGCUCGUCAAUGAAUUCCAGCAGAAUGGAGACCGUGUGCUGGUCUUCUCGCCCUUCACAAAGAGCCUUGGCAUCAUUGAGGAAUGCCUCAGCGAGUCGGGGAUCGCAUACCGCCUGCUGGUCGGCUCAACAACAGUUGCGGAUCGUCAAGACCUGGUCGACGAGUUCCAGGGGGACGAGACAAUUCCCGUGUUCCUCCUCACGACGAUGGCAGGCGGUGUGGGCCUCAAUCUGACGGGCGCGAACAAGAUCAUCAUUUUUGAUCAGUCAGACAACCCCCAGCUAGACAUCCAGGCCGAGAACCGAGUCCACCGACUGGGACAGAAGAGAGACGUUGAGGUGAUCCGGCUGAUUACAAAGGGUACGAUAGACGAGCUGAUCUACAAGGCCUGUAAGGUGAAGCUGGAGCUCGCCAACCAGAUCACAGGCGAUGGCGAGGACAUGGAAAAGUCCAAUGACAUGGAAGCCGGCGAGAACAUUGUCGCAAAUGUCACGGAGGCGAUUAUGAAGGGA